UGCCGCAGCUGGCUGCUUCUCGCUGCUCUCUGCAAUCUGUGCUGGAGAGGCCGAAGGAGCAGCAGCUUCACUAUUAAACCCGGCCUACAAACGCUUAUGACGCUCGCCAUCAAAGAACACGAACAACACGAGUGCUGGGAUGUCACCCAUGCUUCAGGCUAAACAUGUUCUCCAAGGGCACCAAGCGUAAGUUUUCUGAUGGUGAUGAAGAGAUAUCCGACGAAAGCCUGGUGGGUGCCAGGGUGGCAUCUUCAUACAGCUUGCAACGGCAGUCACUGCUGGACAUGUCCCUCAUUAAGCUGCAGUUAUGCCACAUGUUGGUGGAGCCCAACCUCUGCCGCUCGGUUCUCAUUGCCAACACGGUCAGGCAGAUUCAGGAGGAGAUGACCCAUGAUGGUAGCUGGCAUAUGGUCGCUGAAGCCUUCUGCAGUGCAGGCCAAAGUCCCUCUGAGCGCUUGGUGGCCACUGAGGUCCUUUGCAGAUCACGAGAGCAGGAUGCAGAACCUAAGCUCUUCUCUGUCAUCAGCUAUGAAGGUUGCCGUGAAGAAGAGGUGGUAGCUGAUGAGACACUGUGCUCCGUUUCAGUUAGCGAUACAGUCUCCAAUGUGUGCCUGGCAGGGCGUAUAGGCCAGUGCUGGGAGAAGAGUGAGCUCAGUGGUGUAGAGAGGGAUGAAGAGGCCCUUGAAGACUCUAGACUUGGUUCAGGAGAAGAUGAGGAGAUAGACACCAAGGACAGGGCUUCCACAGAGAGUCCAAAGACCAUUGGGCAAGUUUUUGGUACAUUUGAAAUAAAAAAUGGUUCCCCGGGUCCAGACUCUGCUCUUGAGGAGCUGUUCUCAGAUGUGGACACCUCCUACUAUGAUCUGGACACCAUGCUGACCGGCAUGCAGAGCGCACCCAAGAUGGGUCCUUAUGACAUCCUUGACAGCUUAGCACCUUCACAUAGUUCCCCUUCAAUAGUGUCCACCCCGAACUGUCGUUCUGAUCUCAAUGAACUGGAUCACAUAAUGGAAAUCAUUGUGGGUUCUUAGGCUCGACCUUAUUCAGAGACUUACACGCUUGUCUUAAUGUUACUG